CGUGUCUCACGUCACAAUCUCAAAAGCAUGCGUUGGCGACCUCCCACCCAUGUCGAAGAUCCUAGGAGUGAGACUCGUGGACGUCUCCCGAAUUUCAAAUUGUUUGCAGUUCUCCUGCCAUCCCUCCGUCGAAAUGCCCCCGCUCAUCAAACGGAGUCGGAAGUCAAACUGGCUUCAGGCGACGCCCUGAUGCACCUGCCCUUUGCCAACCGCUGUGCUAGCUGCACGAGCCCUGGAUGAGAUAUAUAUACGACGGCAUCGCCAACAUGCCGACCUCACUUUCGUCACUUCCUCCUAUUCCUCUUCACUUGUCCGAUCCGUCCCUGCGUAUGCUCAAGCCACAUGCCUCGCCGAAAGAAGUUUACCACUGUCAACCUGAGUUCCGGGGGUUCAUACUCCGGCCAUACUACUGAUGACGUCUGUACACUUGACGUCCUCGCCCGGAAAUAUGAGGAGGCCUUGUUGGAAACCCGUCCCACGACGCUGUAUGCACCGAAUACUAUCUACCACGUUGACCGCAUUCAGCGCCUCUUCGAGGAGUACGUGCCAUGACCUGAUAGUUGGGGACAUCUGUUGACUCUGCAAAGAUACUGUGACAAGUUCCAGCUUGAUCCACAAGAGACCCUGCGCGAGUGUGCCACGGCUCGGAUGGAGAACUUCCUACAUUGGUUGCUCCGGACGUACACGAUCAAGAAAACCAGUACACUGACGACCUACUGGCGGCAAUUGAGUCAGCUGUACAUUAUGUGGACACAGCGUCGAAUGGACCCGGCUGUCAUGAGGCAAAUCUUCGUGGUACGUAACACAGGGAAUACUGUAUACCGCCAGACCGCUGAAGCUACAGUUCAUUGAAGGGCCAUUGACGGAAGAAUAUGGCCUGGACAAUGAGGAGAUCGAGAAGCCUCUCAUGGAGGCGGACGAUUUCGUCGAGCUCAUCCGUUACCACUGGGCCUCGGAUAUCAACUGGUUUCCCAAUGAACGGCAACGACUCCAGUUGGCGGCGAUUCUGUUGCUGGCAGCGUUCACCGGGUCUCGACCUCAAGCCCUGCUGGACUUGACCUACCGCGACCUGGACCUCUACAUCGAGAAGGACGCCGAGACUCGUGUCGACAUGCUGCGCUUGGGGGUGAAAUUGACCAAGACUAAGUCCCGCCAGAAGCGGAAACGACCGAAAACGUACACCUUCAAUUUGGACGACAACCCAAUCUUCUGUGUCAUCACCCACAUUGUCAGCUUGGCCUUCGAUGACUCGGCUUUCGGGCCGCCCGAUCUGAAGUCACCCGAUGUUCUCUUCCGUCUCCGGGCGCGGCGGGAAAAGGGAUGUCAGCCGAUCCCGUGGAGAAAGGAGAUGCUUGACGUGCCUAUUUUUCGCCGUGCGAUCGCCACCAAGGAAGGCGUCAAGACCUCACCAGACAGAGCUCUGACCUACAACGUCUAUCAGGCAUGGGUCAAGCGUCUAGGUGAGGCGUUGGGUUACCUCCAGACGCUGACGACGUACUGCCUCCGCCGAGCUCUGGGCAACGCUAUCAAUGAUGAUCCCAAAUCCAACGCCGCUGUCCGCAACCUUGCCCUAGAUCAUGUUGGAUCUUCCACGAUCUUCGAACGGAACUACCUGUCUCGGAUGAUCCGCUACAGUACGCAAGACGCGUUCUGGAACCGGGAGGCUGAUCCGCAGGCGGCCAAAUCAGGCGGCCGCAUCGGCCGUCUCCGCGAUCCGAACCGACCGAGAAAGCUCACCAACGAACAGGGUCAGCAGGUUCGACGCUUGCCUUCUGUCCACCGACUUCUGGAGUCGCGAGAUCGGGUUCGCGGUGUCAUCCUUCGGGAGUUUGGCUUUCUUCGAAUGGCGAUCGGAGAACCAAUCCAUACCGAGUACAAGAAGUUGGAACGUAUGGUUAACAGCACGAUUCGAGCUGAGGAACGAGCUCUGUUGAAGUGUAUUCAGCGGCAGUACGACAAAUCAGCGCCUGUUGAGGCGAUUCAGCGACAGAUCAAAGGAACCUCAGCUGAAGGGCAAGAGCUUACUUCAGAGUCCACCCCGAUGCAGAUCAAAAUCCCUGAACGACGGCAGAUUGCGGAAGCGGCCAUGAGCGACCCCGCUGUAUUCACCGGUCCCAAGGCUCUGUCCCGGCACAUAAAAUGUUCCGCAACCAUGAUCUCACUAUGUCGACAACGUGAAGGGCGACGUGAAACACGACGUGAAAGACUGUCUAGGAAAUAUUCACGUUCCACAGGAGAAACAGACACAGCGACUACUGUAGUCUCUACGCCGACUCUGCCGCUCUCGUCGACGCCCGAAGGCUGCGUGCCGUUGACGUGUCAGGAAUUUCAAUGCCUCUUCUGUCUCUGCAGUAAUCUCCCCCAGGAAGAUCGGGAGAAACGGUAUGCCGGUAAACACUCGCUCCAGCGACACGCCGAACGCUGUCGCCUCCGACACUUUCAAGAAAAGGAUCGAAUUCCUUGCCCCGACAAGGUGGCUUGCCGUGGAAUGGUUUUCGAGGGAAAAUCGCACUUCAAGAACCAUGCCGCCUCGGCACACCUUUUUGUCUUAUAAGCUAUGUUAACCAUCAACCAAACAUGCUGUUAUAUGCCGACCGAGGCUGUGCUCGACAUCGGCACGGACUCGAAGUUGAGUCUUUUAUUGUCGACCGCACAUGGAGACUAGGCCAGGUAAUCAAUAGCUGGACUUUCUUUCAACAAUGCCUCUUCUCAGUUGACUGUAAUUCUCGCCCCGAAAGUAUGCUCUGCGAAUGCCUUUAGAUCCAAACAUUGAAAUCACUCUUAGCACGCUAUGCCACCGUCCACGCCCUCGAGUGGCAAGACUUUUCUCAGGAAUAUUCGACAGCCAAUCGUACCAUGCGCCAUUAGCUAGACUUGAAGGUAGACCUGAAGUUUGACAGACCCAAGUCAACCACCGGUAUUUCAUAAUCGGCGGCAUGGGGUAACAGAAAUGGAUAGUCGCCACGAGUUCAUCAUUUGACAUGGAGACUAUUUUCUGCCCGGGGAGAAAAUUAUGACGGCAGUCUUGGCACUCGUCAUGUCCAUCGAAAGUGCGUAGAUCGCCACCUUUUUCCUCUAUUCUACGAAUCUCGAAAUGGAAGAAUGCUUACGCAACAAUCAGAAACAUAUAUCUUAUAGGUGGCGUAGACUUGUUCUUAAGAAGCAUGCCUAGAUCAGAGAUGCGGAUUACGUAUUGAUCUUCGAGCCUGCGUGCUGUUGAACGU